AUGAAGGUCAUGAAGAAAAAAGACCAAGGGGAGCCUGCCUCAUUUGAUGCUACACUUGCAGUUGCUCGUGAGCGAUAUGGUCGCCGCGGAAACUCCCCUGCCCCGCGUCACCAGCGUACCCUUAUGUCGGCAGGCGAUGAGGCCCCUGAUGUUUAUGAGGCAAUCUUGCUUGCUCCUGGUGAGAACAAGAUCGAUGUCGAGGUUGAUACCCGCCUUCCCUCGGCUGCGAUUUUCACUUUCCACAAAGAGGAUCACACCCUUGGCAACAUGCUGCGCACUCGCCUGCUCAAGACUCCCCAUGUCAUCUUUGCCGCCUACAAGGUCCCUCACCCUUUGACCCCCAACUUCUUGUUGCGUGUUCAGACCGACGGGGAAAUCACUCCUCGCGAGGCUGUUAUCAAUGCCUGCCAUGCUCUGAUCAAGGAUUGUAACAUUAUCUCCCGCGAGUUCACCAAGGAGUUUGAGCUUCGCAAGAUGGCCAACGCCGCCAACCAGCAGCAGCAGGGCGCCGCCGAGUAA